CAACUAAAAGUUAUGGCAAAUGACAAACUUAGCUCUGCUACAUUUUGUAUAUUAUUAAUGUAGGGAAUUCUUAUACGAAACAAAACAAGAAAAAAAAAAGAUUUCAGGUGAAAUUUCUGCAGAAAAUCUUCACGCCAGAGGAAAUGUUCCAAGAGGAAAGGGUUAAGUGCUCAUUUCCGGGCCCUCCCUGUGGGUGGAUGAUGUCGCCUGAGCAAUGUGAGAGCUCAGGAUAAAAGGCGGCUCAGCCGGCUCAUACAGCACCAGUUGUGGUGAUCACAGCUACCAGCAAUAAGCUGCAGUGAUCUUGCUGCCUAAACACUACUACCACCAGCAUUAUCAUCAUGUCCACCUCAUUGAGAGUCAGCCCCUCAGUCUACGGCUACCGGUUUGACACGGCUUCCCGCAAGAAGGCCUCAGCCAACAUCUUUGAGGGCGUAGACCAGGAGUCGCUGCAGAAGCUCUUUAAAAAGACUGGCGACAAGAAAGCAGAGGACCGUGCCAGGAUCAUCUUCUGCAUUGACCAGGACAAUGAGGAGAAAGCCAGGGCUCUGCUCGCCCUAAAGCAGAGGACCAGGGACAAAAUCCUGCAAUUCCUCAAGCUCCGCAAACUCCCCAUCAAGGUCAUCUGAGCUCCUGGGCUGCAGAGCUUACAAUCUAAGCUGAGAAGUCCGAGCCUGAGAAGUCCCGUCUGGAGAGGAGAGGAUGGUCUGACAAAGCUUGAAGCCAUUCGCGGCCAAGACUGAUCUCGAGAUGAAGAAUCGAGAGACUGUUCUGCAGAGCUUGCCAUCGAAUCUCUGUCCUGCUGAGUUGAAAGAAUGGACGCCAAAAGAGACUGGUCUUAAAAGGACUGAGCGUUCCCUCCAGAGAAAGGAGACGGCACGUGUCUCCAGGGUGACUAAGGAGAAACCCAGAAAUUUGGGGAUGUGUGGGGGGGCCCCCAACUGGCUGUGCCAAGAAACUGUUCCAUCAAGGGGGGCCAGUAGAUUCCUCCAAGAAGGACUAUGUGGGGGAAGCAGAGGACUGUUACUAGCGAGAGAUGACAUGACUUUUAUUGGUGCUGUAAUACUUCAUUAAGCUAUUCCUCAAUUGUUUUAAAUAUUUUGUUAAUAAAUUAUUUUUUAUAUUUAAA